AUGCUUCCACCCGGUAGUCCAGGCCGUAAGAUCCUCAGAUUUCUCUUCGGCAUCAACGAUAGGAUCUACAAUCUCAUGUUCUUCCAUGACAAAGGCAUCCCAACGGAACAUGUCGACCAUACUCUGGUUACGAUUAUGUUGGGUGACGAAAGCGGAGCAGGAGGCCAUCAGCCUCAGAUGGAACCAUACGACGACCUCAACGCGCGAGCCUUGAGCUUUCAUCUCAUCGACAUGCUUGGAACACCAGAUAAAGUCGAAAUGUACAAGGGAUACCUGUGUAAUAGCACUCCUCGUUUCUCGUUCUGGUAUCAACUUCGGCCAGGGGCAAACCUUCCACAUUUCAAGCCUCCCUUGGAGUACAAGCGGGACGCAAUCACCGGACAAGAAGGCCGGGACAAGCACACACAACGUGAAGUUGACAAGGUCAAGUGGGACAAGAUGGCCGACCAUGACCCGCGGCCUAUUGUAACACGUUCUUUGACGGAGUCUGAGCGAAAGGCCAAGAGACAGAAGUUGGCCAAGAGACGAGGCACAAACCCUGACAUCACUCAUCUCAUCGUCACCCGCGCUGAGGAACAUGCAGCGUCGUCGGUUUGCAACAGUACAACGUCUUACGGCCACGAUAUUGUAUCCCUUUACGAGAAAACUUACUGCGAUAUAACCGUUAAGAGACUCCACAACCUUUGUGACAACGUUUUGAAGGAGAACUGUUUUGACGUGCAACGAAGGACUCUGAUAGGACAUGGUGGAAUCAAUGCUCAUGGCGAAAUAUCUGCAGUCGGUAUCUCUCAGAAGCGAUAUAAAACGGCAGCCUACUGGGAAGAAUGA